AGUUAUUAGUUGUUCACAAAAACAAAGCCGUUUAAACUUUGUACCAAGCAAAUUGUAUUGAUAUAACACAACAGAGUGGCAAGGACGUCCUUCAUCUCGAGCCUAUCCGUGUUGCCAGAUAGUUGCAUGAAAUCCGUGAGUUGUGUAUUUAAAGUAAGUUAGAUUAUGCUUCCCAUAUACUGUAAUAAUUGCUUUAGCAAGCGGGAUUCUAAGCCCGAUAUAAAAUUUAAACUUACUCGCUGCCAUCACAUAAUCUGCGCUAGAUGCAUGCCCAAAUCAGCUAAUGGCGACCAAAAGUGUCCCGUCUGCAAUCGCAGCUUAAGUGCCGUCACAAUAACACACGAUAUGCCCAGCAAUGUUGCCAACUAUUUUUUGGAUCCCAUCAUCUUUUUGAGAAUGUAUCGGACCAUAAGCAAGUUUCAAAGUAAACAGCGUAUCAUUCACUACACGAACUUCUACAAGCAGAAGGCGCGCAUGGCCAAAAAGAAACGCAAGCUGCAGGGCUACAGAAAGCUGCAGGCACAAUUGCUGGAGCAAAAUGAAACGGAAACGAAGCGCAUCGUCGAGUUGCGCGACUAUAUUGACUACCAUGAACGUCGCGAAGAGGCAUUGCUGCCCGAUACUAGCUUAAGUUCCACUGAUAUCACGAGCACGGCACGCAUGAUGUGCCGCCCCCGCACACCCUCAUUUAGCACCACAGACACGACGCCUACUGAUUCGGAAAUUGAUAUGAGCGACAGCUAUCUCCUGGAGGAAUUUAAUAAGUUACUCUCACAGGCGACCUCAACAACAUCAGCUGGGAAGUCUGUAAAAAAGGGGCGAAAGGGUAGGAAACCAAAACUAUUGAAAUUUAAGAAGAAAUAAAACUGUUUAUUUUUAUAUACAAUUGAUGAACGACUCACUUUUAAUUAAGGAACGUGUAAAGUCAGAUGUUUUAUGAAUAUAUGAAUAAUAAACUCGUAAUUUCCGCUACU